AUCCAUUGGCCCUCCAAAAGAAAGGAAAAAAAAAAAAAAAAAGUCCACCCUUUGACCAUCCUUAGAUCUAUGCUCAAAUCGCACAGCCCCGGCCCUUUCCCUCUCUUCCAUCGACAAUUCAAUUAAUCUCAAUAAAUUUGCAGAAACUUGAGUUUUUAUUCCCUUUUCUGCAUCCAAUACCGGAACCAUCUCAUUCAAAAAAGGUGCUUCUUUUUUUGCUCCCAAUUUUCAUGGACAUUGGCUUCUGAAAAGAGCAGUUUGUAAAAAUUUAUUAGAACACGUAUGGAUAGUAAUUAUUCAGCUAUAUCCAAGGAUUCUGACGUAGAGUUAAAGGUUAAAGAUCAUGUCUUGGGAUCAAAGGACAAGUCUUUCAGAUUGAUAUCUCAGGAUGAAGAACUGGGCUAUGUGAAACCUGACAACGUGGAUGAUUCAGAGGUUCGUGAUGAUCUUGAUUUUGAUAAUUUACCCCUUAUUAUUGGAGAAGCUAAAUCAGGGUCAGGUAUUUAUGGUGCUGUUUUUAACCUUACCACUUCAAUUAUUGGAGCUGGCAUCAUGGCCUUGCCUGCAACCAUGAAAGUUUUGGGCUUGGUUUUAGGUGUUGUGCUUAUUCUUUUAAUGGGAAUCUUGUCUGAAAUUAGUGUUGAAUUGCUCGUUCGAUUUGCGAUUCAUUGCAAGGCCUCAUCAUAUGGGGAAGUUGUGCAAGCUGCACUGGGUAGGGCAGCUAGGAUUUUGUCUGAAAUUUGUAUUAUUGUCAAUAAUGCUGGCGUUUUGGUUGUGUAUUUGAUUAUAAUGGGGGAUGUUUUAUCUGGUUCACUUAGGCAUAUUGGCGUUUUUGAUCAGUGGUUAGGCCAUGGAAUGUGGGAUCAUAGGAAACUGUUGGUUUUGGUCAUUGUGGUGAUUUUUCUUGCACCCCUUUGUGCUUUGGACAAGAUUGAUUCAUUGAGCUUAACUUCAGCUGCCUCUGUAGCUCUUGCAGUUGUAUUUGUUUUUGUUGCUUUUGUUGUGGCGUUCAUUAAGCUUGUUGAAGGAAAGAUUGAGGCUCCAAGAAUGGCACCUGAUUUUGGUUCCAAGACGGCCAUUUUGGAUUUGCUUGUGGUGAUUCCUAUUAUGUCAAAUGCUUACGUCUGUCACUUUAAUGUUCAGCCGAUCUACAAUGAGUUGGAAGGACGCUCUCCUAGCAAGAUGAAUCGUGUGGGGAGGAUCACGACAGUAAUCUGUGUUUUGGUUUAUGCUUCAACGGCUAUAGCUGGAUAUUUGCUCUUUGGAAAGGAUACCGAAGCUGAUGUGCUGACUAACUUCGAUAAGGACCUUGGAAUUCGAUUUAGCACUGCUUUAAACUACAUUGUCCGAAUAGGAUAUAUAUUUCAUUUAAUUCUAGUGUUUCCUGUGAUCCAUUUUUCGUUGAGGCAAACAGUGGAUACCAUGUUGUUUGAAGGAUCAGCUCCACUUCAGGAAAGUAAGAAGAGGUGUCUGGCCCUGACGUUAGUGCUCUUAGGACUUAUUUAUUUUGGAUCCACAAUGAUCCCAAACAUCUGGACAGCUUUCAAAUUUACAGGAGCAACCACAGCAGUGUCAUUGGGAUACACAUUUCCGGCUCUUAUUGCACUCAGGUUAAGCAAAGAAGGGAUUAGUCUGAGUUUUGCAGAGCGGUUAUUGUCUUGGUUCAUGUUAACAUUGGCAAUUGUUGUUAGCGUUGCUGGGGUGAUUGGCAAUGUGUAUAGCAUUAAAAGCCAAUCUGAGUGAUGUUUUUAUUUUAGUCUAGAAGUUGUAUACGAGAGUGGUUCGGACAUGGAGGAAACUAGAGCAAAUGGUGGAGUGAGUUUUCAGAUGAAUAGCUUUGCCGGAGCAGUGGCUUAGUGAGGUGAAGAAUGAGCAAUGAGCCCUCCCUCUGCAGAGCCAGAUAAGAUCUUGGGCAUAUGCCAAAUUUCAGCAUUGAUAGCCUUGCUUGGAAACAGAGUGUUUGUUCCGGACUUUUGGUCAUUUUCAUUCUACUUUGCAAGCUUAAGAGCAAUCAACAUUGAGUUUUGAGCAGGCAUCCGGAUUGAAGUCAUUGUUUGAUGGGAUUGCUGCAGAAUUGGUACCUUGUGCUCCUUAUCUUGGCAACUUUUGGUUAUGCUUCCACCUCGAGCCUAAUCUCUUUUGCUACCAUAGAGUAUCAAACAGACUUGUAAUUCUUUUUGGCAUUGUUCAUUAAGAAACAUGCGCAAACCAUUUAAAGUUAGAUGGAUUACAUACUUUGCUGAUGACUCGUGUUGGAAGAUACAAAAAGCACGCUUAGUUACGGGUAUCAAUUUGUAGUUCUCACUUGCGUUUGCACUUGAAAAAAAUGGUAUUUUGUGUUCCACAGCAGUGUCGUUAGGUUUUAUAUUUCCAGCUCUUAUUGCAGCCAGGUUAAGCAAAGAAAGGGUUAAUCUGAGUUUUGAGGAGAGGUUAU